AUGGCCAACAAGAAAGCUUUUCAGAAAGAAACGAAUGAAACGAAAACUAAAGCUACAUUCAAGCUCAGAUUGGCAAGCCCAAGUUCAAGGCUGCUGUACAUUGUAAGGAAGUUGACAGAAAUGUUACUACUGGUGGCAUCACUAAUGGCUCUCUUAACUAAAGCAGAAGACCCUUUUUGCAAACUGUGGAGUAUAAAUGAGCUCCCUUUGUUUUCAAAAGAUGGAGACAUUAUAAUUGGAGGGAUCUUUUCUUUGAACGACAGCCCUGUAGAUGCUAGUCUUGCAUUUACAAGUUUGCCUGCAGAAUUCAAAUGCAAGAGUCUGAAUUUUAGGGAACUUCAGUGUGCUCAGACAAUGAUUUUUGCAGUUGAAGAAAUAAAUAACAGAACUGACAUACUGCCUGGUGUGAGCCUGGGCUAUAUGAUUUAUGAUGCUUGCCGAGAUAUUCGUUUGUCUCUUAAGUCAGCAAUGGCAUUAGUGAGCAGGAAUGAAGAAGGACACCUCAAUGACAUGUCCUGUGUCAAACCACCUAAUGUUCUUGCAAUUAUUGGCCAAACCAGCUCCUCGCCAACUGUGGGAAUUGCAACAACUCUUGGACCGUUUAACAUACCAGUGAUUAGUCAUUCUUCCAGCUGUGCUUGCCUCAGCAAUAAAAACUUGUUUCCUACUUUCUUCAGAACAAUCCCAAGUGAUUUUUAUCAAAGUAGAGCUCUAGUCCAGCUUGUGAAACACUUUGGUUGGACAUGGGUAGGAGCAGUUAGAAGCGACAAUGACUACGGAAACUAUGGAAUGGCAAUGUUUUUGCAGAUUGCCCAGCAAGAAGGUGUCUGUAUCGAAUAUUCAGAAGCCAUCUUUCGAACCCUGUCAAGAGAAAAGUUUCUGAGAAUUGUGAACACUAUAAAAAUAUCUUCUUCAAAGGUCAUCAUUGCCUUUAUGUCUUCAAGUGAUUUUGAAAUCCUGUUAAAAGAGCUGUACGUUCAAAAUAUUACUGGAUUUCAGUGGAUUGGCACAGAGUCUUGGAUUUCAGUUCAAAACCCUUCAUUAGCACAAUAUUACAAAGUUAUGAGUGGAGCAAUUGGGAUGGCCAUUAGCAAUGCUGUUAUACCCGGUUUGAAAAAUUUUUUAUUAAAUGUUCGACCCUCAAGCACUCCUGGCAAUGCUGGUAUGGUCAAAUAUUGGGAGCUUCUUUUCAACUGCACAUUGACUAAGCAAGAUAAUACAUCAGUUUUGCCGCAAUGCUCAGGUGCAGAGGAUUUCACAGGAAUAAUUAAUCAAUAUACUGAUACAUCAAAUCUUGGGAAGUCAAAUAAUGUGUAUAAAGCUGUGUAUGCAGUUGCCUAUGCACUACACAAUCUUUUGCAAUGUAAAGAUACUAAAGUGACCAGCAGCAAUAAGACAUGUGUCAAUAGGAUGAACAUUGAACCAUGGCAGGUUCUGAACUCUCUGAAGAAAGUUAAUUUUACAAACAAUGAAGAAAAUUUUUAUUUUGAUGAAAAUGGGGAUCCAGCGUCAAGAGUCAGAACUUACGAUGUGGUGAAUUGGCAGCUCAAUAAAGAUGGCACAAUAGAUAUUGUAACUAUUGGUGGAUAUUUUGCCUUUCUUUCUGCAGGCCAACAGUUCAAGAUGAAUUAUGACUCCAUUUUGUGGGCUGGAAAAGAAAACAAGGUGCCUCGGUCAGUGUGUAGUGAGAGUUGUCAACCUGGAACUCGCAAAGCUGUUCAGAAAGGAAGGCCAGUUUGCUGUUAUGACUGUUUACCUUGCGCCGAAGGGGAAAUCAGCAACACAACAGAUUCUUCUGAUUGUCUGAAAUGCCCACUGGAAUAUAAAUCCAAUAAACAAAAAGUUGAAUGUAUCUUAAAGGAUAUUGAAUUCUUGUCAUUUCAAGAAAUUAUGGGAUUAUUACUAGUUGUGUUAUCACUGUUUGGUGCUUUUUUAACAUUGCUCAUAACAUUAGUUUUCUAUCUAAACAGGGAAACCCCUAUUGUUAGAGCAAAUAAUUCAGAACUAAGCUUCCUCCUUCUUUUUUCUCUGACUUUGUGUUUUCUUUGUUCUCUCACUUUCAUUGGUGAGCCCUCUGAGUGGUCCUGUAUGUUACGGCAUACAGCGUUCGGAAUUACUUUUGUCAUGUGUAUUUCUUGUGUUCUGGGGAAAACAAUAGUGGUGUUGAUGGCAUUCAGGGCUACAAUACCAGGUAAUAAUAUUAUGAAAUGGUUUGGCGUAAUGCAGCAAAGGCUAAGUGUAUGCAGUUUCACACUUAUACAAAUCUUAAUAUGUCUACUUUGGCUGCUUACAUCUCCUCCGUUUCCGAAUAAAAUCAUGAAACAUUCUACAGAGACUAUCAUAUUAGAAUGUAAUCUUGGUUCCCCAACAGCUUUUUAUGCCGUUUUGGGCUAUAUAGGUAUUCUUGCUUGUUUGUGCUUUAUUCUUGCAUUUUUGGCACGUAAACUUCCAGACAAUUUUAAUGAGGCAAAAUUCAUUACAUUUAGCAUUCUGAUUUUCUGUGCUGUUUGGAUCACUUUUAUUCCAGCUUAUAUUAGUUCACCAGGAAAGUAUACAGUAGCUGUAGAGAUAUUUGCUAUUUUAGCUUCAAGUUUUGCCCUGCUUUUUUGCAUUUUUAUUCCAAAAUGCUAUAUUAUUUUAUUAAGGCCAGAAAGAAAUACAAAGAAACACUUAAUGGGUAAAAUCCCAUCAAAAUCAGUUUGA